GGAGACAAAAAAGAUGGCGACGCGAGUGGUGCAUCGCGAACCAAGAGAUCCUCAGUUUGUAUUUUGUUUUUUUUUUGUCUUAUUGCUCUCAUAUUACCUACAUGGUAUUUGCUUCAAGCGUGAAGGAUUUUUCUGAGGAAUAUUUGGUGUUUCUUUUUCAAGGGAACUAUAUAAAGAUGCUCUGGAAAAUGUGUCGGCCUACAACUCCCGGCUUCGUUUUGAACGGCGGCUUCGCAUUCCCUUUAUCGAUGCUCAAACGGGAAUCGCUAUGAACAAUUGCAACUUAUGGAUUAGUAAACUAGAACGCCGGCCUGGAAAGACACCUCAGUACAUUUACAGCUACCCGGCAAAGAGAUGGCGAAAGAAAAAACGACCCACUCCUGUUGAACGCGCAAGCGAGGUCAAAGUUGCGGAAACGGGGGGUAAGUCGUUAAGGUGUUGUCAGGGGAGGGGAAGGGAUAGCCAACUCUCUCUCUCUUAAACGGAGACCUUAAGGGCUGGCGCUUUGAGUUAGCCAUCGAGAGAUGUCUGUCUUACAGAGACUUGACUAAAAUGAGUUAAACUGGUAGGAAUCAACUCUGGGUGUCUGUGUUAGCAAGGUGUCUGUUAAACCUGGUUCUCAUAUGCCAGUGAAGUACCCACGAUGUAGCCGCAGGUACUGCCUACAAUACUACUCCGGUUUAUGUGGACAUAACGCCACCAGCAACAAGAAACGUUGCUUGUGUGCCUGUGAAGUCAAGCUUGAGUAAACUUCGCAGGCAAGCAGGCGCUAAAGACUGACACGGCCACGGUGACUUCUGUUCUCAUAUUGGAACAGUAUCACAGGCAGUACCAGCAGCUACAGCUACUGUAUGUUGCAGGUAGUUCGGCGGCAUAUGAGAACUAGGCUACAGCCUGCUCAACUGAUGAAAAUAAACUUCUGAUUAAGUCUGUCUGCAAACCAGCACAGAAAUCCCAGCUGAAUAAUAGGAUUUGAGUAGGUGCCAUGGUUGGACAGUUUGCUAAUCAGGUUGACAGGACAUUUGGAAAGAGAAAGAAAUGCUCUUCCAGUAGUUCAUCGGGGACCCAGAACAAUGAUCCUGGGGCUGCUUUGCAGACGUCAAUAACCAAGGUUACAACAUGUACAUCACCCAAAGCAAAAUAUAAAAAUGAAAAAGGGAGCCAAUUACCCUUACUCUAAAAAUCAGCUUCUAGCGGUGUAUAAACCAAUAAAACUUAUAUGUUUAGCAUUGUAUCAUGAUUGUGUCUGGUAGUCAUAAUAGUAUAGUAAGUAUUUUUCAAAACAAUUCUCCCCCCUUAAAAAAUGGCAUCGUUCAUGUACAACAGUGGUAGAUCUACAAUCUUGGACAGUUUUUAGCUAGGAAAGCUAACUGGGGACACUAAAUAAAAUCAUUAAUGUUGUGGUUCGAUUGUAUCCUUGGUUUAAUUUUUAUUUUCUUUUGUUUCAAACUCAUUACCUACAUUACCAUACCUAAAAACAAAAGAAAAUAAAAAUUAAAACAAGGAUAAAAUUGAACCACAACAUAAACAUCAAAAUGAGAAACAGCUCCCGCCCAGAAUCGAAUUCGGGACCUUCUAUGCGCCAGGCCGUUUAGUUACCACUAUGUGGGCACACAAAUCCACCAUUGUGUCACAUCCCUACCUCCCCAUUAUGGCUACCCUUCGACACACCGUUUUCCUUUUAUCCCCAGGUUGCUGUUGUGGAGAGGUGUAACAAUAAUCUUUGUCAAUGCAUUAGUGUACCUUGUAAGCUUUUGUUUUUUUUUUUCCUAGAGCAAAAUACAAGCACUAUGGAAGUCAUGGACACAGAAGGAGUCUUUGCUGAGGAAUCAGAGGUGGACCUCACCAAGGAAACUGCUGUAGAGGAGGCAGUGAGAACUGUAGACAGUGAAGAUGAGGAAGAUGUGCAGGAUGAUGGUGGUACAUUGUCCUCUGAUGAUGAAGAUUUUAUUGUUGGUAAAUAGAAAUAAUAAUAAUGAUGAUGAUAAUAAUAAUAAUAAUAUAUUAAUAAUAAUAAUAAUAAUAAUAAUACGAGUGAUUAACUGGGGAGUCUGAUUUGUUUAAUCACGAGAAUGAUUACAGACUGAAUUGGAUGACACGAAGUUCUGUUAUCAAUUAAUCAUAACUUUAAAAAAAUUUGUCAUAUAUAAGGCUCUUUUUUCAAAUCAAAAACACAAGAAAUUCCAAAAGCUCUUUUUUUUGGCCAGCAGUGAAAAAAAGCCAUUUAAGCGUGUGCAUGUUGGCGCAUACUGUCCGAUUACUUAGGCAUGACACGUACUGUCCAAUUAAACUGUCCUAUUAAGGCUGAAAUUAGGGCUGUUGAUAGCCAAUCAGAUUUGAGGAUUUUGUUAUAGUUUUGAUUAUAAUAAUAAUAAUGAUAAUAAUAAUCUUUUAUUUUAUUGAUAACAAAGCUAAUUAUUAAAAACCUCUAAUAAUAACAAUAAUGAUAUAACAAUAGUUAUAAUACUUAAUAUCAUCCCCUCCCCUUAUGGGGAUUUUCAAGGAUAAUGAUAUAAAUAAUUCAGUGAAAUAUAACAUGGUUAAGAAUCACAACAACAUUACUGGUAGGAGGUGAACCAAUAAUUAUUGGUUAUUCACAAGCCUGACUGUGGAUUUGAAAGAACAAUCCAGCUACAUGUAGUUGUCUGGGUGUUGGGACUUGAAGUUGGGGCCUUUGGAUUGCAAGUGCACAGCUCUAAAUGCCUAAUCAUGCUGCCUCCAUGAAAAAAAAAAAACCACUUAAAAUACAGUACUCUCUGUAUGAUUCUGUGGGUCUUGUUUUUUUAGACAAAAACAAAUUUUGGUUUGAAUACUGUGAGGGAAAUUGGGGCCAAAUGAAAACCACACUCACACCAUCUGAGACACAAACAAGGUGGUGCAUUGUCCUCUGAUGACGAAGAUUUUAUUGUUGCUAAAAUAAUGUAACAUGUCAGUUCUGGGGGUCUUCAUUUCUUAGGAAAAAAUAGGUUGGGGUAAAAACUGCAAGGAAAUUGGGGCAAAUUGAAAACUACACCAAGGUUGCUAGAGACAUGCAUCAUGUCAAGCUUAGUAAAAUCACUAGAGUCUGUUAAAAUUUGCCUUAUCAAUCACCUACUCACAUCUUAUCUGAGUACUUGUGUUAUUUAAUCUUGACAAACAGGAUCACUCGCCAAAAAGAAGCCCAUUAGCAAGGGCCGUCCACGUGGUAGGAAAACCCACCAAGCUGCGACAUUCCCAGAAGGUCAAGUUCAUGUACCAGUAAGAAAAAUUAAUACUGUUUAGUAUUUUUUUGUUGAACAAGUAGUAUUUUAUACUAUUGUGAAAGGUUAGAAUGCAGGGGUCAUUUCAUACAUUUAAGUUGGCUGAGAAAUAAUGAGAUUGCAGGGAUAUUUGAUGAUUUAUCAGGAUGGUAGGGUUGCCAUUACAUGUAAUAGGUCAGAUGCCACAAUUCUCAAAUUACUGUAAAAUUCCGAAAAUAAGCCCUGGGGCUUAUAUUUUUAAAAGCCCUUUUUGAGGGGCUUCUUUUUGGAGGGGCUUAUAUUCGGAGGGGCUUACUAUCUACAGAGGGAAAUUUGCGUUUCAAAAUCGAUUGGGCUCGCCUUAUAGUUGGAAGUAAAUUUACCAUUUUUGUUUUGUUUUACUUUGUAUUUGAGGGCAAUUUCCCAAGUACAAGCAAGGAGGGACAAUUUAAUGGAGGGUUUUUUUGCGUUACCGGUUUAGGGGGCUUAUAUUUGGAGGGGCUUAUACAUGGAGGGGCUUAUUUUCGGAAUUUUAUGAUACUUGGAUUAAAAAGUAGAUUAUCAUUUUCACUCCACAAAGAUUUUAUUGUUUCUUUAAUCAAUAGGAGAGUUAUGGGGUGUAAUGAUAAUAAAUUAAUGCAAUCCAUUGGUUUUUGAGUGAUUUGUGUUCUUUGUAGAAAGCCAUUGCCCCAAUCCCUGGUGUACUGCAAGUGAGGAAUAUUUCUAAGGAAGAAUUAGCUAGAAUGGAUCCUGAAGAAAGGAAAAAACCAUAUGCAUGUGAAAGUAAGUGCAAGGAACAUGCUCAUUUCUUACCACUUUGAAUUUAAAAUGAAAAAUACUCUGUAUGCACCCUAUACAAAUACAAGUAUUGCUUAGGAGUUGAUGGAUUUUUCACCUUUUAUGAAACCUUAGUCACUCUACAUGUAUUUGUAAAUCAAAGGGUUGGAAUAAGAUCUCAUGUGGAUCCUGAUCAAAUAUGAAAUUCUCUCUCAUAUUUAUAUGAUAUUCAAAGCAAAUUGAAAGGAGAAUCUGCAUUAAAGUAGUUUAUCAGAAGUCUCUUAAAGCUUUAUUUAAGGCACCCCUUCAAUCAUCAUCACCAUCAUCGUCAUCAUCAUCAUCAUCAUUAUUACUUCUGCCCACUAUGAGGGAACAAAGCGAUGCAGUUCAUAACUAUUGUAGCAAAUAGUCCACGGUUCCAACUCCUCUUAUUGCUGUUAUAAUUAAUUAUGAUUACGGUUGCUAAAAACAACAUUUGUAUCCUUUAGUAACUUGUGAUUAUUACAAGUUACUAAAGGAUACAAAUGACAGCUAUAAAACAGGAAAUACAGAAAAGGAAACAAACCAAGCAAAACUACUUACAAAUGUUGUAUGACUUGGAGCAAAGUAAAUGGAAAAAGGUACUACAGCAAAUGAAUUGAAUGAGUGAUACUGCUGUGAACUAGAGCGAAAUGAAUCUAAAACAAAAGAUGAAACUUACAAAAUGAUCUAAAAACAAAGAAAAUGAUGCAAAGAAAUGUAACUGCAUAUGAGCUGCGAUAACUGAAAAGAAUGUGAAAAGAAUGUGCAAAACUAAGCAAAGAAUUAAACACUAGACAUAUUUGACGAUAAAUAUGGCUGUAAGAGUGUUAGAGUGUUAUGUUUUAUUUGACAUCUCAUACUGUUAGUUUGUGGAAGACGUUACAAGAAUGGCCCUGGCCUAAAGUACCACUACACACACUAUAACCAUGAGCAGGAGACAAGCACUGUACACCAUGAGGAGCCAGCCAUAUCUCACCCCUCAACUCCAGCACCCAGCGCCCCUGCUGAGUCACCAAAAGUACCUUCACCACAGCCAAGGGGACCGGGACGUCCCAAGAAGAUACCAGGGGCAGCUGUGUCACCAAACAACUACUGUGACUUUUGUUUGGGAGAUGUGUACGAGAACAAGAAAACUGGACAGCCUGAGGAGCUGUUGUCUUGUGCUGACUGUGGAAGAUCAGGUAGAUGUCACUUUGUGGUGUCAUAUAUGUAGCUUUCAUUUUUGUGGCUGCUGCCUGCCUUUGAGCAAGGUGUAGCCAUUAUAUCAUGGAGAAGCCAGCUUCCAGACCACUAGCCCACGAUGCCAUUGAAUAACUAAGCGUGUAAAUUUCUAUUAAUAGACUCAAGCCAUUUUUCCCUUCCUUAUGGCCCUCACUUAGCAAGAAUUAUUGUCAAAUCAUCAAAUUAACAUGAUGAUAUUAUUCUUGCAGGUCACCCUACAUGUCUUCAGUUUACUGGCAAGUUAACAGAAAGUGUCAAAAAAUACAAAUGGCAGUGCAUCGAAUGCAAGUCCUGUACUCUCUGUGGAACUUCGGACAAUGAUGUAAGUUUCUGAAGUCAUCUUAUCUUGAUUAUAUAUGAUACCCAGGUUUUCUUUGCCCAAACUCUUUGAUUUUUAUACCCUAUCCAAGGCUAAAUGGCUUGAUACCAUACCCUACAUAGAAGCACAUACCUAUAUGUCCCACAUACAGCAGAUGGCAGUAUCCCUGUGUCCCACUCUCGGGACACCAAGAGUUAGUCCCAGUGUCUUACUUUACCCCUUUUAGUCGACUCCCUAUAAGAAGGACUUGUAGUUUUGGUCCCAAAAAUGUUCAUCUUACACUGUAGGAGGAGUUGAGUGUAUGCCAAUUACCACUCUUGCUGAUAGAUGUUGUGUUCUUUUGCCUUAGGACCAGUUGCUGUUUUGUGAUGACUGUGACAGAGGGUAUCACAUGUAUUGCCUGAAGCCACCCAUGGUGAAACCACCAGAAGGUAGAGACUGGUUCUUAACCUUUGUAAAAAGCCCUAAGAGUCACCGAAUCAAAUAUCUCCUUUUAAUAUCAAAGUUCUUUAAAACAAGGUGGUCACGAUAAUUUAGGAGCUGAUCACGCAAGUUGACAUUGCUACAAAAACCGGCUAGUGACUGUUCCCACUAUGUGCCAAUCCUCACCCUACCCAUAAUUUUUUGCGACUUUAAUAAUCGGAUAAAGUGAAGGACAAGAAAUGGUCAUUUUUUUAAAAAUAUUUUUUGUACACAUACCCUUGCAGUUCACCUAAAGUUGUACAUAUGCGCACAGUUCAGUGUCAGUUUUUCAGCUUUUUAACCAUAUCAGCAUCAAUUUUUGAUAUUGCAGCCCUUUUGUUACGUCAUCAUGUAAUUCGAUUUUGGUCACUCUGUCUGUAGGUAGUUUGAAUAGGGCAACAAAGUAGAAUUUAAAUUUUGAUCUUAGGUUACCUUGCAUUACCCUGGUAUCAUAUUUUUACUAGUUGCAUUUAAAAUGUUUGCUGCACCCCUCUCUGAUCUCUUGGGAACACUUGGACAGGACUUGUCAGAAUGUACAUGUCGCUGUUCAUUGACAAGAACAAAUUACUUAUUUUUUAAUUCUCUUUUAUUCUAAACAGUUUCUUCUCUUCUCUUUAAGGUCAUUGGAUUUGCAAACUUUGUGAAAAUUCUGUAUUGGUGACCCCUGCUUAUCCACCACAAGCAAUGCUGCCUACAAGGAUGGAUGAAUUUCAUGGGGGAAUUUAGAAUUACUCAUUAGUUUUUCCUGCCAUUUUAAAAGAAUGGUCAAAAGGCUUGCUUGUUGCCUAAGGCACUGCUAUUUUGAUGGCUUGUAAAAAAAAGAACAAACCCCCCUGAGGGACCUUUAUUCUGAAUCCAUAUACAGCAAGGUAUUAAGUCAAACCACCAUUAACCCUUCAAGCGCCAAUAUCCACAUACAAAUUCUCCAAACUAAUCUCGAUACAUUUCCGUUAAGAAUUAGUUGAGAGAAUUUAAUAAAACAUCAAGGCAUUUUCUCUUUCGUGAUCAUUUUUUAUAUUCUCACAACCUUAUCUCUUAUGACAAUGAAUGGACAUUGUUAGGAGAAAAUUGCUGUUGGUCUCUAUUGGGACUUAAAGGGUUAAUAUGGACCCUGAAGGGGCCAUAGAAAGUGUCUGUAUUAAGUGGGUCAUGUUAUUAAAGCUGAAAAACACCUUCAAUAUUAUUAGAAUAAAAAACUAAUAAUCAAAAAUCGCUCAUCCAUACAUUACUUAAUCAACACUGUACAGUCUCUGCAUAACUCAUUUGAUGCAAAAAUAGUUUGAAAUAUUUGAUGUCCACAAAUCAUCCUAUGCAGUGUACUGUAGCGCUAAGAACAUUGACACGCUGUCAAUUCAAGGCUUUUUACCUUCAAAAAGGAAAGGUCUGUUACAGCAAGUAGCACUUAAUGAAGUGUAUGCAUUAGCGAGGUUGACUUUCUAUGAGAAUCUGUUGAUUGGGCAAGAAACAAGUGCCCGUUGUCCACAUCAACGGGUGUCUGUAUUAAGCAGGUUGCCUUAACCCUUUGAGUCCCAAUAGUGACCAACAUCAAUUUUCUCCUUAUAACAAUGUCCAUAUGUUGCCAAGAGAAAUGGUUAUGAGAGUUAAUAAAAUGGUCACUAAAGAGAAAAUGCUUCGAUCUGUUAUCAAAUUCUCUCAUCUAAUUCUUUAAGGAAAUAUAUGGAGAUCAGUUUGGAGAAUUUGUAAGUGGAUAUCCGGGCUUAAAGGGUUAAGAGAAAAUGUAUGGGCUUUUCCCAGGGACCAAUAAAAUUGUCUGUAAUAAUGAGGUGCCUGUAUUAAGCGGGCGUACCAACUUAAAGUAGUGUGUCAAAAAACCAUAAUCACUUGUCACACUACCAUGGACAGUGUCGGUUUAUUUUGGGCUAGCCAACAAACAGCAGCUUAAUUUUAUUAUUUGCAUACAAGUAGUGCUUACAAUGGACUUUGAACAAUACCUGUCACCUUAAAGUUCAUCAUCUUUCCUAACCUGCAAGCAAACUUUCCAUUCGGGCAAUAUUGUGAGACUGUGAAAAGUUUGAACCCAGGAGUCAUUUCAAAAGUAGGUUGAGUUUCAUCGUCUGGGUG